CAACCUCAGCCCACAGGAUGGACAGGGACCGUGCUGGCCAGGAAGGCUUCUGAUUGGACAUUCGCAUCAGGCUCGGGUUGGGCUUAAAGGAGGCUCUGCUGGGCUGGCGUCAGGCAGCUUUGAGGACCAUGGGAGCUCACAGGGCCAGCUCCUGCCUGGGGCAAUGGCUGCUAUUGCUGUUCUUGCUUAUGCCUCCAGCUUUUGCUCAGACCCUCAGCUACAGGGAGGCCGCGCUCCGGGCUGUGGACAGCUUCAACCAGAAGUCAUCAGAAGCCAAUCUCUACCGUCUUCUGGCCCUGGACUUCCAACCUCAAGGGGAGGAGGAGGAGGAGGAGCCCGGCCGCCCCAGGCCCUUGAGCUUCAGUGUGAUGGAGACGGUGUGUGCCAAGGCGUCGCCAAGGCCCCUGGUGCUGUGCGACUUCAAGGAGAACGGGCUGGUGAAGCGCUGCGAGGCGUCUGUCACCCCGGGCCGGGACGCCCAGGAUGUGGACUGUAAUUCGGUGACUCCGCCUUUCAAGAAAGCUUCCCUGCUGGGUGGAUUAAUCAAAAAAGGUGGGAAGAAAAUUGGUGAAAAGAUUGAGAAAAUUGGCCAGAAAAUCAAUGAAAAGCUUGAGAAAAUUGGCCAGAAAAUCAGUGGUUUUUUUAACCUGUUUAGACACCAGGGAGAACCCUAAAGGUCUCCCCAGAUUCCCUUGUGGGACUCUGAACAAUAAAUGUGGAGAAACCAA